AUGUCGUCUAAUGGGCCAAGCGAUGCCCCCACUUCAGCAGCAACACCUGGAGGAGGAGGAGGAGCCCCGGCCAAGGUCCCCUCCGAAAAGGAGAUCGCCCGCAAGCUCCGGAAACGCGAGCUGGACCGCAGGGCCCAGAGACAGGCCCGCGAGCGCACCCGCAACCGCAUCGCCGAGCUCGAGGCACAGGUGAAGGAGCUUCGGAAGGAUGACUCCACGCGGCUGUCGGCCUGCAUGGAGCAGCUGGCCACCGUCAGCCGGGACCGGGACCGCCUCUCCGAGACUCUCAAGGUCAUCCAAGAGACCAUCCGCGACAACAUGGCCCCGAGCCGACCGGCCCCGGCGCCGCAUCAACAGUCUUCCUCCUCAACCUCAACAUCCCUGUCCGACUCCCGGGAUGCAUCGUCGAUGAUGGCCGGACCGCCGGCGCCCAAUACGUAUGCCGCGCCCAUGGGUGUAGUCCCAGAGACGCCUCCUGUUGUUGACAUCCACGCCUUCAACCACGGAGGGGUUGCCGUCGGCACUGUGCCGAACGGGAUGUCGGCGUCCAGCGUGCACGCGCCGAGUGUCCACGCGCCGAGCUCCACGUCGGAGAGCCAGGACCUUGGCGACGAGAUGGACGAUGACAUGGACUGCCACGAUGAUCACGACGACCCCAGCCUCAUCGUUCCACCGCCUGAAGUUCCCUGCGACUGCGUCGCCGUCCGCACGCCGGCCGGUCCAGCCCCACCAAGGGUGAAUGUUUGGAGGGCUGUAAACCAGGUCUUAGCCAAGCGGUGUCGGAUAUCGCAAGAGGCUCAUGUUGCCGAAGAUGCCUCUGACGAGGACGUUCCCGUUCGUGCCUUGUUAGAGGGCUGGGAUGCCGUUGCAAAGUCUCGUCCGUUGUCGAAGCUGUGGAAGAAGCUGCGCCGAGUCGACGAGCUUUGUUUUAGUAGCUGUCCAAAAACAGAAAGGCUGGCAAUCCUUCGGACUAUGCACCUGCUUCUUCAAUAUCACUCCGAUCCCACACCGAGCCGGUAUGCGAAACUGCCGACUUGGUAUCUGAAAAGGCCUUCGCAGGCUAUGCCUCACUCAUAUGCAAUUGACUUCUUUGUCUGGCCCGGCGUCCGUGAACGCUUUGUAUUUGGACAACAUCACUACUGUAACAACUCAUUCUGGGAGCUAUUCGGUCCAAACUUCCAUCUCCUCUGGCCGUACGAGUUUCGAGACACCUAUAAAAAGAGUUUGGUGACGGGCCAAUAUCAAAUAUCGCCCAUGUUCGAGGACAGGUUCUCAGACAUCAACUCGUGGACCAUGGGGAUGGACUUCUUCACCCGCUUCCCCGAGCUCAUCGCCGACAUCCCCGUCUUCCAAUCCCUGUCGCAGUCCCUCACACCAGCAGUCCAGGCCCCGACGUCACCGACCAUGCCGCAGCAAGCUUCACUGGUCCAGUUGAAGGAGCGAGACGAGCGAGAGCUGCGAGACGAACGGAUGCUCAUCACCCAACACGAGACGACCGACGAACACCCGGCACAGGAUGUCAUCGACUGCUCUCAGGCUAUGCAGGUUUAUCCUAACGCCAUAUACAGCAUGGCAGCACCUGCUUUUAUGGACGACUUCAUUCCGCACGGGUACGAUGUCAACCAUGCUGCGGCGCCCUACGGGCACAUGCAAGGAUACUACUGA